CCAAAGCGUUGUAUAUGGGUUAUGCAUUUAUACCCUGUAGGGUCACAUGCUUAGCUAGUGACGUUGUGUAUUGGAAACAACGUUUCAAUAAUUAUUUAAGCAUAUAGAGUAUGUUGACUUUGACUAAGAAGGCAGUUAUUAUACGUAGAGGGCACAUUGACUCUCAUAAGUAUUUUUUGUUCAGUUCUGCUAUUGCAUUGAAGCUAGAAAUGUAACAGUGUCAGUAGACUGGGUAGCCAGCUAGCAUUAGCUAGACAAGAGAGGUUGUGUAGACGUAAAACGAGAGAGGGUUGCUUUUAUGGUUAUAAUGUACGGUAUUCAUUUUUCUAUUUAGUAUUUGUUGACAUAUUUAUUUUCGAUAGGGUAAUGUUACGACAUUGUGAUACCACGGUUUGCUUGUUAGCUUGCGAUAGAGUAGUGCAGUUGAUUAUUACUAGCUAGCUAGCUAGUUAGCAAUGCCUUUGUCUUUUUCCCUAUUCUGGCAUAAUGCGUGACACUAAUGUUCACUUUAUUUUAGGAGAUGGAGAUCCACUAAGACACCUAUUUAGCUACAUUAGUCAUUUGAACAUAUACUAUUAUUGCGUAGAAAUUACUGGCUACAUAGUUAUAGUAAUACGUUGGCUAAAGUGAAAUGUUGCCUUUUCGGUUAUGCUGGAUAUUUAUCUUUCGUUAGUUAACUAGCUAGCUGUAACGUUUACGUAAAAAAGCACCGAUUGCUGUAUUUGACCAAAACUGCUAUACAUGUUGUUUCUCAGCUGUCACCUACCUAGCUAAGUUGAAAUAAUGUGAAUUUUUUAUUUUAUUUCAACCAAUUAUAUUAGUUAGCUACAGUAGCUACAUUUCAAUUCAUACCUGGAAUCACGUUUUUUUUUCUCGUUUUUUUUCACUGCCUAGAGAUGGGGUUUUCGGAUAUUUAAGAAAAUAAGCUUGCAUAGUAAAUUCUUUUGGGAACGACAAAUACGGUCCAAGUUGAUUAUUGAGCUAAAAUGGCCUACUCAAAUGGGAUCUCAUUGUGGAUAUAUCUACACAUGGCCGUGGUCAUAUUCUCUGGGAGUGCAGUUUGUUCCCGACACAACGAGAAUAUUUAUGUAUCAGGGAUGUCUAAUGCCUGUGGAGAUGUGGCGGAGCAGAUCAGGGCGUCCAGUGGAGUAAUCACCAGCCCUGGCUGGCCUUUUGAGUACCCUUCCAGCACCAACUGCAGCUGGACCAUCAGGGCAAACCCUGGCGAAGUCAUCACCAUAAGCUUUCAGGACUUUGAAAUCCAGAGCUCACGUCGUUGUGGACUUGACUGGAUCUCUAUCGGCACUUACAAGAACCUGGAUGGCUACAGGGCAUGUGGAUCCUCCAUUCCGGCCCCUUACAUCUCCUCCCAGGACCAUGUGUGGAUCAAGUUUCACUCAGAUGACAGCAUGUCCGGCAAAGGCUUCAGGCUGUCAUAUAUAACAGGAAAGUCUGAGGAGAUAAGCUGUAAUUCAAAUCAGUUCCACUGCUCCAACGGGAAGUGUAUCCCUGAGUCUUGGAAGUGCAACACCAUGGAUGAGUGUGGUGACAACUCUGAUGAAGAGCUAUGUGUGCAGCCCAACCCCUCUGCAGCCUUUUCCUUUCAACCAUGUGCCUUCAACCAGUUCCCCUGCCUGUCCCGCUACACACGUGUCUACACCUGCCUUCCUGAGACGCUGAAGUGUGACGGCAGCAUCGACUGCCAGGACCUUGGUGAUGAGAUUGACUGCGAUGUGCCGACCUGUGGCGAGUGGUUGCGGAACUUUUACGGCACUUUUAACUCACCCAACUACCCUGACUUCUACCCCCCAGGCAGCAACUGCACCUGGCUCAUCGACACCGGUGACCAUCGGAAGUUGAUCCUUCGUUUCAUGGACUUCAAAUUGGAUGGGACAGGCUAUGGGGACUACGUCAAAGUAUACGAUGGCUUGGAUGAGAACCCUCGCCGCCUACUCCGUGUCCUCACAGCCUUUGACUCCCGCGCCCCUGUUGCCGUAGUCUCAUCUUCAGGCCAGCUACGUGUACACUUUUAUGCUGACAAGAUCAAUGCAGCAAGGGGCUUCAACGUCACUUACCAGGUGGAUGGUUUCUGUCUACCAUGGGAGAUCCCAUGUGGGGGCAACUGGGGCUGCCACACAGAGCAACAACGCUGCGACGGUUACUGGCACUGUCCCAAUGGCCGCGAUGAGGUGAACUGCAGCACCUGCCAGGAGGACGAAUUCCCCUGCUCCAGAAAUGGUGCCUGCUACCCUCGCUCAGACCGUUGCAACUACCAGAACCGGUGUCCUAAUGGCUCUGACGAGAAGAACUGCUUCUUCUGCCAGCCGGGUAACUUCCACUGUAAGAAUAACCGCUGUGUGUUUGAAAGCUGGGUUUGUGACGCUCAGGACGACUGUGGCGAUGGGAGCGACGAGGAGAGCUGUCCAGUUAUUGUUCCCACACGGGUAAUUACAGCAGCGGUUAUUGGAAGUCUCAUCUGCGGCCUGCUGCUUGUAAUUGCCCUAGGCUGCACCUGCAAACUCUACUCCCUCCGGAUGUUUGAGCGCAGGUCCUUUGAGACUCAGCUUUCCAGGGUUGAGGCUGAGCUUCUAAGAAGAGAGGCUCCACCGUCAUAUGGCCAGCUGAUCGCCCAGGGCCUAAUACCCCCUGUAGAGGACUUCCCUGUCUGCUCCGGCAACCAGGCAUCUGUGCUAGAGAACCUGAGGCUAGCGGUUCGCUCCCAGCUCGGUUUCACCUCCAUCCGCCUGCCAACCUCUGGUCGUCACAGCAACAUUUGGCGACGCCUCUUUAACUUCACACGCUUACGGCGCUCCGGAUCACUGGCUUUGGUAUCCACUGAUGCCGAGGACAACAGUAGCAGUAACGGAGGCCCAGCCCGUGAGCCCAACAGGACUGGACUUCAUCGAGGGCUUUUACCCCUUGAUUCUGAUGACACAGACACAGAGAGUGAGCGCCGGGAGGUCCCUGGGGCCGUGGGAGGCCUUGUAUCUCCACUCCCAGUGAAGAUCCCCCUGGCAACCGCAGUGGAGGCCAUAGUCUCAGUAUCAACAAGCUUGACCUCCACCACCCCCCUACCUACUGGCAGGGAUCGUAACCAGGCUAGGGAUAGCCUGGCAGUGGAGACCCAUUCCAUGGAAACCUCCGGGGGAGAGGCAACAGAACUUCAGUGUGCUGUGACAGGGAGGUGUCAGCUGAACAGUGCCCUAAGCCGGGUAACCCGCAGCCUGCGCUGGGUACGUUUCUCUCUGGGUCGCUCCAGUGGUCCUUUGUUUGGGGAAAUACAGAACCAGAGUCCCCUGAGGAACCUAGAGCAUGGAGGAGGGACCAGGGAGGACGAGGAUGAUGUAGAGUUGUUAAUCCCUGUGUCGGAUACUGCCUCAGACACUGACUCCGCUAGUGAGACCUCCAGGCUCCUUAAUCUGGAGGUUGGCCUGGAUCAGGUAGUCACCCGCCUGUCACCACCAACCUCUCUACGGCCAGCCCGGGUGUCCCUGGGCAGGGAUGGCCUAUGUGAACACUGUAGCAUGGUUCACACUGCACAGAUCCCAGAUGCCUGUCUAGAGUCCACAGGCAAGAUGGAGACCAAUAGUGACGAUGAAUUGCUCCUGCUUUGUUAAUAGCUCUAGCCUGAAGGACACUAUUAUGUUUGUUACAGUAUGACACUACUAUGUUUUGUCCCUUAGGAGCUUCCUAUUUUGUUUCUUUAGAAGAUAUGGGGGUUCAUCCCCCCCCAUGUUUUACGAUGUGUUUUUGAAAGGCCUGUAGUUUGUACUGUAUUAUCAUGGUAUUCAUCAAGUGGUAUACUCUUUGCCCAACUUCUACCUUUCCCCCUCCCCUCAUGCAGAUGUUUUUAAUUGCAGUUGAAACCUGUGAGAUGGGGUUAAUCUUAAUGCAAGGCAAGCAGAUAUUUGAAUACAAAUGAGCUGUUCUGAUCCUCUUCUAAAAAUAAUUUGGGAUGAAGUAGAAAAAGUUACACAAUAUUUUAUGUUGGAGUAAUGGUACUAGAGAGAACAAAUACAGUAUAACUAACAUAACAUUCACAAUGUGUCAAAAAUGAAACAUGAUUUCAAGAUGUCUGCCAGCAAUAUUUAAAAUCAGUUGUUUUUUGUUGUAAUGUAUUGAGAAUGUGAGAGCUCUCAUCUGUGGCAGUAUGUUUUUUUUCCAUUUAAUUCAGUUGAAAGGCUCCUUUAUCAUUUCAAGUUACUGAUGGGUUCUCAUAGAGCUGGGCUAUAUGGAAAAUAAUAAUUAUCCCAAGAAAUUGACUGAAUUGUCAUAAUAAUGAGUUUAACAUUGUGGACCACACUUUUUUAUGUUGCCCUUAAAUUAUUCGUUCUUCUUUAAAUGUUGUAACUAUCAGUUUAACCCAUGAUCAAUCACCCAUAUUAGCAAACUUGUUUAGUAGGAUAGGUUGUUUAUCAUAAUGAACAAUAUUUGCAUAAUGAACGAUAGGUCCCAAAUAAAUGGUUGGUAUGGAUCUGUUGCCCCAGCUCCAUGUUCUCAUGCUGGAUCUUGAGAAAGGUGUUUUAUUUACAAAAAUGAAAACUGAAUUUUAGGGAACCUCUAAACAUUGUAUUACAUCAACAAAUGUUGUAUUUAUUGUUUUAUUUCUAUUUUGGUUGUUUUUUUGUAAGAAUACGUGUGUGUGUGUAAUAUAUUUAUUUUCAAUUUCCGUAGUGUUAACUGAUGCAUGUCAAAUUGUAUUGUGCAGUUUUUUAAAGGUAAUAUGGUGUUAAAAUAAAGACUAUGAACAUGGCUGUUUACUGCACUAAUAAAGUAAGAAUAAAGCAUUCA